GUCGUGCCAAUAAUGACGUUAAAUCAAACCCUCUCGUGUAAUAUUGCUUCAUCACAAAAUAUAUAAUCUAAUGUUACAGCUGUUAUUUAAACUGUCCUGUGUUUGUCUCCACGGACGGAGCAUUUAGGUCUCUGCCCCUGAUUGACUCCCCUUCUCCCCUGACAGAUUCAGUGAUCCUGAUCAAGAAGAACAUGACCUGGGUGGACGCGUUAUACUACUGCAGAGAUCACUAUCGUGAUCUUGUCUCCAUCACCAACCAGGACGAGCAGCUCUGGGUCCAGGAGAGAGCCAAGAUGGCCUCCACUCCCUACGUGUGGCUGGGACUGCGCUACACCUGCACUCUGGACUUCUGGUUCUGGGUCACUGACGAGACGGUCCUCUACACCAACUGGGGCCCCGGCCAGUCUGGGGACGACUGCAACAUGUCUGGAGCCAUGGACCGAGAGGGAACGUGGGUCAAAAAGAUCGACGACAACAAGCUUAAUUUCAUCUGUUCCACGUAAAAACCAGCAGAAUGAAACUAAGUACAUUUACUCAAGUACUGUACUUAAGUAAUAAUAAUGUUGAGAUGAGGUACUUUACUCAUAUAUCAAAGUUAAUAUUUUGUGAAAAAUGUCGUAAUAUUUCAAGAAAAAAGUUGGAA